UGCAUAUCAGCUUAUAAAGAAACAUAUACACCAAUUCAACUGGAAUGUAACUCGAACGGCAUUAGUAACACCAGCAUUUGAGACGAACCUAACUGAGGGUGGAGUGCCCGACAACAAAAGGCAUCUGUUACAGAGACUGAACCACAAGCCUAAAACAAUACAUACAUUCAGUUUUUCCAGAUGCCCCCAAUGUCAUCGUAACACAAACUGGGCACAUUUUAUGAAUGCAACCAAAGCGUAUAAGAUAAAAGGUGGGGGAAGUUUCGAACCUUAUGUCGUUCUACAAAGAAAGACUAUUCCAGUGUAUGACGAACGAUUGAUUGCCAGGCAUAUGAACAAAAUACUUUACGAUUAUGAAUUAUUUGUUUUACAGUAUGCGUUCUAUGUGUUACCAGAUGUCUUUAUUGUUCACGAGCCACAUGAACGGAUAAUUCAGCCAUACACUGAACAUAUAUGUUUGAACCAAAUUGGACAACUCAUAAAGAAGGAACUAUUGGCGAAAAAGAAAAAAAAUUAAAAAACAUAUAGAUGAAAAAGUGAAUACAAUAAACCCCCCAUAGAUUCCUGAAAUAUAUUCGAUUUCGCCAACAGCACCAGCACCAGUACAUUGCUUAAAAUUCAUGUGUGUGCGUGCGUUCAUUUGCGUUCACCAGAACCCGAAGGGAGGGGACACUUUUCAAGUGGUUUUGGGCCA